AUGGCGCUGCGCAAGCUCGACAUCAACAACUGGUUCCAGUACGACCGGCUUUUCGCGGCGGAGCACGCCGCAAAGCUAGCCAUGGUCCGCAGCCCGCACCCCGAGAAAUACGUGGAUUAUCUCGAUGGGAUCGACGACGCGGCCGUCGAGCUCCUCGACACCGUCGUCGCGUACAUCACUACGCGGUUUCCGGAUAUGUUCCGUGCGGAUGGGGAAUACGUCUAUAUCGACUGUCUCGCGGAGAAGUACCGGAUUCGCGCGCCGUAUGACCUGCAUCCGCUGGCUGUCGCCGGCUUGCUGGUUAUGGAUGAUAUUCGGGGAGCCUUCCUCGCGUGUCCGACGGGUUGGGAGCUCCAGCAGAGACUGGGCUGGCCGCUGCACCAGGUUCAUGAUCCUGUGCCUCUGUGGAAAGAGAAACUGCGCAAGCCUAUGGAGCGGUGGGUUUAA